CAGACCCCGGCCCGGCCGCCCCCUCCCCGGGCACGGCGGGGUCCCGGCCCGGCAGGGGCGGGGGGCGGGCGGGGAGGAGGUGGCCAGCCCGGCUCCGCCCCGCGGCUCCGCGCCGGGAGGGCGGCAGGAGGGAGCGGGUCGGGCCGGGAGGCUCCGGGACCGGGACCGGGACUGGGACCGAGCCCUGCUCGGCGGCGGCGGCGACGGCGGUGCCACAUCCCGGCGGGCCCGGGCGGCAUGCCCAUGGCGCUCUUCACAAGAACGAGCAGUCAUCCUAACACCACUGACCUCAUUCCCUGUGCGGCAGACAACACUACAGAGCCUGAGCUGCCACACUCACAUGCCUACUACGCGCUCUGCUACUGCAUCUUGAUUUUGGCCAUCAUCUUUGGGAACGUGCUGGUCUGCUUAGCCGUCCUGAGGGAACGCACCUUGCAAACCACGACAAACUACCUUGUGGUGAGCCUGGCGGUGGCGGACUUGCUGGUGGCUACUUUGGUGAUGCCAUGGGUGGUGUACCUGGAGGUGACCGGAGGAGUCUGGACUUUCAGCCGCAUCUGUUGCGAUAUCUUCGUCACCAUGGACGUAAUGAUGUGCACAGCCAGCAUUUUAAACCUCUGCGCUAUCAGCAUUGACAGAUACACUGCAGUGGUGAAACCAGUUCAGUACCAGUACAGCACUGGGCAGAGCUCCUGCAGGAGGGUCUCUCUCAUGAUCGUGAUAGUCUGGAUGCUGGCGUUCGCAGUGUCAUGCCCUCUCCUCUUUGGCUUCAAUACUACAGGGGAUCCCAGUGUUUGUUCCAUAUCCAACCCUAGUUUCAUCAUCUACUCCUCUUUGGUGUCCUUCUACCUCCCCUUCAUGGUGACCCUGCUGCUCUAUGUCCGGAUUUACCUCGUGCUAAGACAAAGACAAAAGAAGCGAACCCUCACCCGGCAGGGCAGCCACAGCGCCAGCACCAAACCGUGUUACGCACAUGAAGAACACAUGGAGAGAAAAACUUUGCCAAACAGAUGCCAAGGCACCUUUUCCCCCUGUCUCCCGCUCAAAUGCUCAGGCCAGGAGAUGUCUACCAAAAGGAAGUUGCUGACUGUCUUCAGCCUGCAGCGGUACCGCAGCUUCUGCCACGAGGCAUCCCUCACCAAGACACCAGGGACUACGCAACACAGCAGGCUGGAAGACAGGAGAAAGAGUAUGAAGCCAGGGCUGGAGGUACGGAGGCUCAGCGAUGGCAAAACCAUCAGCUCUUUGAAGCUAGCACACCAGCAGCCCCGGCUGAUCCAGCUUCGGGAGAGGAAGGCUACGCAGAUGCUAGCUAUUGUCCUGGGGGCAUUCAUAGUCUGCUGGCUGCCCUUCUUCUUGAUUCACAUCCUCAACGCCCACUGCCCAUCCUGCCACGUGCCCCCAGGGCUUUACAGUGCCAGCACCUGGCUUGGCUACGUCAACAGCGCCCUCAACCCCAUCAUCUACACAACCUUCAACACCGACUUCCGCAAAGCCUUCCUCAAGAUCCUCUGCUGCUGACUGUGGGGCCGGCAUGGGGCUGCACCGACUGCGGUUUGCAGCAGCCUCCUGGACAAGGUGUGGGGCCCUUCCCUCCCUCUGCUUUACAGGCUGCGGGGGUUGAUGCGCUGCCCUCAGCUGUGAGCGGUGGUGGUCGGCGAGACGUGGUCAUUGCCGACAGCCAGGCACCCUCUGCACCAGAGGGAAGAGCAGGAAUGCGCCCCACCUGCAUGGCUGGCUUUCCACACUGAGCCUCAACGCUCCUGCUUGAGAAGUAGAAGUGCUCCUCCAAGGAAAGGCUGAGAGACCUGGGUCUGUUUAGCCUGGAGAAGAGAAGGCUGCGAGGGAAUCUCAUCAAUGCUUAUAAAUAUCUAAAGGGAGGGUGUCAAGAGGAUGGGACCAGGCUCUUUUCAGUGGUGCCCACUGACAGGACAAGGGGCAACAGGCACAAACUGGAACACAGGAAAUCCCAUCUCAACAUGAGGAAAAACUUCUUUACUUUGAGACCACUGGAACAGGCUGCCCAGAGAGGUGGUGGAGUCUCCUUCUCUGGAGACAUUCAAAACGCAGCCGGAUGCCUUCCUGUCCGACCUGCUCUAGGUGAACCUGCUUUGGCAGGGGAGUUGGACUAGAUGAUCUCUGAAGGUCCCUUCCAACCCCUACCAUUCUGUGAUUCCUGCUUCGGGGGAGGGAGGGGAAGAAGACACCGAGACAAACCAGUGAGUCCCUCAGCACUGGGCACAGCGGUGCUGAGAGGCAGAGCUGGGAUUGCAGUGGAAGAUCAGGCACGACUCCUGGGAGCUGGGAGCUUGCAGAGCACACUGGACCCAAGCAGACAGCAUCUCUCAUCUCCGCCGCCUGCGUGCUGGGAAGGCAUUUGCCCUUCCACUGCUGGAGCCUCCGCCUGCAGAAGGCACCCAGCUCACGCACAGCAGUCCUAGUAAUAGGGCAGACAUGACCUCUUGGAUAAGGGUCCUGAUCCCUUCAAUCUGGAGCCAAGAGCAAAAAUUUGGCAAGGAAAUUUAGAAGGGGAACGUUGAUGGAGAAACGACAAUGUCCUUGUUGUCUCCAUCAAGAGGUUUGCCCAUAAAACUGGGUCAGACUGAGUGCUUGAGACAACUUCCCCAAAUGCAAAUGAAUCCUUCCCCCAUGCUGCCAUCUUGUAUUUUGUUGUUCCUUGCAAGAUAGAGAGGCAGCUACCAUCCCUCUUGUAGGUCAGCUCGUAUGAGAAGUGCAUCACUAUCACAGCGUCCCCUCUCUUUCUAACCCAAGGAGCAGUGGUAGAUUGUCCUCUACUUAACUACCACACACCCGGUCAUCUACUGGGGUUGUUAAAUAAUGAACAAAGCCCAGGAUAGCUCCAGUCAUGCUUGCAAUAGGUUCAAACUUGCUUUUUUCAGCUGGGGCAGCUUGCAUGCACUCUGUUUCAAAACUUGUUGGACUCUUUGGACAAAACUCUUUGGAACCAAUCUCCAUUCGUGCUCCUCUUCUCAUCAGGAGCACUCCUAGAACAAGGGUUUGUCCUGUCUGACUGUUGCAGUAAAUCCUGUUACAGCCCAUGCCUGGGGAAGAGGCAUCCCCCAGAUAACAUCCUGGGGGGCAUUUCAGUAACAUCCCUGCCAGUAAGGAAGGACAUGCGCCUCAGGAUCAGACAUGGGAGUCUCCCUGGUUGCCCUUGCCGGUAGACCUGUCAGCACACGGGGCAUCCAUACAUCCCAGCUUCCAGGAGCUGGCCAAAUACAGCCUUCCCACUGCCUCCUUUCCCAGCAGUAUUCCACAAAGCCACCUCCAGUAAUUCCUGGGUGCAAACACCAGACGAGGCCUGCUGUACCAUGUAAGCUGGUCUCAUAUCAGGGCAGUCUAAUGCUCUUCUCCUUGUAUAGACAAACCUGACCUGGGACAGCCUCAACGGGUUUCUCUCACUUUCCCCCAUCACUGCAGAGGAUCCGAGGCCCCAGCUCUCACCCCCCGGGCCGGGCUUAGCCGUGCCGCUACCUGUGCGCAUUUGACAGCUUUGGGUGUAACUGUGUGCGCUGUCUCUGCUCUCGCCCACGCCACAGCUCCUCCAUCCGGGAAGAGCUUCCUCUCUUUCCGAAUACAAAGCCAAAAACAUUGUCCUCCGCCUCUGGAGCCCAUAGCAGAGCUCUAGCUUCUUCUUUUGUUCGUUUGGGUUUUGGGAGGAGAUGGACAGCAUGUAUUGUUCACCUGGGGAAGUGCCCUCCAUACUGCAUUGUAACGGCAUUAAUACAAUAAAACACAGAUGUA